AAAAUCUCGAGCCAUGACUGAUGAGACGCAGACGCCUUAAGUGCUUACUGGUAUGGUGGGAGGCCGCCCACCCUCCCUUGCUCUUACAUCUUCACCCUUUUUCUUAUCAAACCUUCUUUCCUCUUCCCUCAGGGCUCUCAGCACAGCAGAGUACCUAUAUUUUCCCUGUGGGUGCCUUAAAUGAAGAGGGUGUUGCCCUUCUCUCAUUCAAGGCAUCCAUAAGCGAGGACCCAGAAGGAUCCCUGGCCAACUGGAACUCUUCUAGUCUGGACCCCUGCUCUUGGAAUGGGAUAACUUGUAAGGAAGGAGCGGUGGUCUCCGUAGCUCUCCCAAAGAACAAACUUUUGGGUUCCCUUCCCUCUUCUCUUGGCUCCCUCCCUUCCCUCAGGCACAUCAACCUCAGGAGCAACAGGCUCCAGGGGAGGCUGCCCCCCGGUCUCUUUGCUGCCCGAGGGCUCCAAAGCUUGGUGCUUUCUGGGAAUUCCUUGUCUGGGCCUCUCCCUCCCGAGAUUGGCAAGCUUUUUUACCUCCAAAACUUGGACCUUUCCGACAACUCGCUCAACGGUUCCAUACCAGUUGCUCUCUUCCAGUGCAAGGGGCUGAAGAGCCUUGAUAUAAGCCACAAUAACUUCACAAAUUCUCUCCCAAUCGGUCUUGGAAGCAACUUGGCUGGGUUGGAAAAGCUUAAUCUUUCGUAUAAUAGAUUGAAUGGUUCAAUUCCUAGUGAUAUUGGCAACCUCUCAAGCCUUCAGGGCACAGUAGACCUUUCGCACAAUGUCUUCUCUGGUGCUAUUCCGACGAGCCUCGGGAGUUUGCCGGAGAAGGUCUAUAUUGAUCUCACAUACAACAAUCUCAGUGGUCCAAUACCUCAGAAUGGGGCCUUGGUGAACAGAGGACCGACAGCAUUUAUUGGAAACCCCGGCCUGUGUGGCACACCAUUGAAGAAUCCUUGUUCUUCCGGCACACCUGGGAGCUCUCCCUCAACCUUACCAUCUUUGCCAAAAAAUUACCCACCUCCAGCAUCAGAAGCGAACAAUAGCCAGAAAAGCAACCACAGAGGCUUGAGUAAAAGUGCUGUGAUUGCGAUUGUCGUGAGUGAUGUUGUUGCAAUUGGUCUUAUGGCGGUGGUGUUCUUUUACUGCUACCAGAUGGCAGUUUCUUCUAAUGGUGAGGAAGAAGGUGGGAAGUCCAAUACGGGUUCGAAGGGAGGCAAGAAAUGUGUGUGUUUUAGGAAAGAUGAAUCAGAGCAGCAGUCAGAUAAUGUUGAGCAAAUUGAUCUCAUACCAUUAGAUCAUCGGGUGCAGUUUGACCUGGAUGAGCUUCUAAAGGCUUCUGCUUUUGUUUUGGGAAAGAGCGGGAUUGGCAUCGUGUACAAGGUUGUGCUGGAGGAGGGACUUACCUUGGCCGUGAGAAGGUUGGGUGAAGGAGGAUCUCAACGGUUCAAAGAAUUCCAAACAGAGGUAGAAGCUAUAGCGAAGGUCAGGCAUCCCAAUAUUGUUGCUCUAAGAGCAUACUAUUGGUCGAUCGAAGAGAAACUUCUUAUAUAUGAUUACAUACCGAAUGGCACCCUAUCUGCUGCAAUUCAUGGAACGGGUGGAAAUGUUAAUUUUUCACCAUUGUCAUGGGAUGCCAGGCUUAAAAUCAUGAAGGGGAUAGCCAAGGGCUUAGCCUUUUUGCAUGAAUUCAGCCCAAAGAAGUAUGUCCAUGGAGAUCUCAAACCCAAUAAUAUACUCCUAGAUAUGAAAAUGGAAGCAUACAUAUCUGAUUUUGGACUCGGGCACCUUGCAAACAUAGCAGGAGAAUCCCCCAUGAUGCAGUCAACAGAAAAGCCACAGAAUCAAAUCUCUGAUGUUGCAGUUAGUCCCAUCAUGAGUGGUGCACUAAGCUAUCAAGCUCCUGAAGCCUUUACUACUCUAAAACCAUCACAAAAAUGGGAUGUUUACUCAUAUGGAGUGAUUUUGCUGGAAUUGAUAUCUGGGAGGUCUCCUGUGGUUUUAAUGGAUAAUUCAGAAAUGGAUUUGGUUCGAUGGGUCCAGUUCUGUAUUGAUGAGAGGAAACCCCUUCUCGAUGUAUUAGACCCCUUCUUAGCCAAGGAACCAGAGAAAGAAGAUCAGAUUAUUGCAGUGCUUAAGAUAGCUCUGGCUUGUGUUCAAUUCAACCCUGAAAAGAGACCAGCAGUGAGGCAUGUCAGUGAUACUCUGGAAAGGUUAUCUACCAGAAGCUGAGAAAAUCUGGGAAACAGGUGGAUGUAUGAGCAUCAUUCUCUUCAGCUUACAUGGAAAUUGGUUCUUGUAGAGGUUCAAAUACCAAGCUGAUAGUUCUUAGUCUGGACUUGCUCCAUCAUGCAAAUAUUCCACAAAAAUCGAACAGAAUGCCAGCUCAGUUUCAGCUUACAUGAAAAUUUUCAUUCGGCUUGCCACUGAAGGUUCUCUCCUAAUCUUUGUCAGUAUGUUAUAGUUACUGCAGUUUGUGUAGAAUCUGGGUCCUCUGCAAAAACUUGUGGUACACCUAAUGUGCCUGUAUGAUUGAUCCUUGCAAAUAUGUUGUUGCAUAAUGUAAAAGCAUCAAUCUUCAAAAUGUAUUCCAGUUUCUGUUUUAGCAUCUUUGGACCUCAAGUCCUUGUUGAU